GACUAUGUCAAUGAUCAACAUAGCCAAACUAAUCUUAAUACACAAGCCACCCAAGAUAAGGGUGCAAUUCAACAUACUGAUACAUUGUACGGUGACGAAAUAUUUUCUCAGGCUUCAGAGCACAGCGAACAAGACUCUAAUUUCAGUUCAGAUGAAC